AUGUCUGUUUAAAAAAAAAUUUCUCCGUCCUACGUUGACUGUAGAGGAAAAUUAUUUUCCCUUCAUUGCAAAGUGGGAAAUUCUUUUUAUUUUGACAUUAUUUAAGGAAAAGUUUCACUCGAGCAUUGCUCCACCACAAGGCAUAUUAAAGGCAGCCAUGAAUUCUGCAAAGAAGAAAUCUACAAAGAAGAAAUCUGCUGUACUUUACCACUACCCUUGCCCUGAUGGCGUCUGUGCUGCCCUUGCAGCACACCUUUAUUUCAAGGCUACUUCUUCCCCGGUGCAGUUCUUUCCAAACACAGUCUACAACCCUAUUAAGGCAGAUCAUUUGCCAUUACAAGAGGUUGGCGAUGUUUACCUCUUAGACUUUGUGGGUCCCACUGGUUUCGUUGCUGAUAUCUCAUCCAAGGUCGAGAAAGUCAUCAUUCUAGACCAUCAUAAAACUGCACUUGAAACCCUAGGUGAAGAAACCUUAUUGAGUGAGAACGUGAUAAAGGUGAUAGAUAUGGAGAGGAGCGGGGCAACAAUUGCCUAUGAUUACUUCAAGCAUAAGCUUUGUGAAGAGAAAGUAGGUGACUAUGACUCCGUGCUUGCUGAGUUCAGCAGAAUGAGAAAACUCUUCGAGUAUAUCGAAGAUGGGGAUCUUUGGAAGUGGCGUCUAGAAAACAGCAAAGCUUUCAGCAGUGGGUUGAAAGAUCAGAAAUUGGAAUUUGAUUUUCGGAAAAAUCCCUUGGUGUUUCAGCAGUUGCUUUCAUUGAACGUUGAGGCUGUUAUAAGUCAAGGUAUUACAAGCUUAAGUCAUAAGCAAAAAAUGAUCGCACAGGCUCUCGAGCGGUCGUUUGCAAUUAAGCUUGGAGAUGAAGAAUUCGGGUGUUGUUUAGCUGUGUACGCGGAUGAAGCACUUUCGGAAUUAAGGAGUGAACUUGGAAAUCAGUUGGCUUGUAAGAGCCAAGUGCAGAGCUUUCGGAGCAUUGGAGCGAUUGUAUACAAAGUUCCCGAACUUGGGAAUGACCAAAUGUUGAAGAUUAGCCUCAGGAGUGUCAAGAGUGAAGAUACAACAUCUAUAUCACAGAAAUAUGGUGGUGGUGGACAUCGGAAUGCUAGUUCAUUUAUGUUAAGUUUUACAGAAUUUGAAACAUGGAAAAUUAACGUUUGAUGUUUUUAUUGUUAAUUAAUUACUUUCUAGUGGAAGGAUUAGUGGAUUGACUUGGUUAAUCUUCUGAUUAAUUGUAAUAAUUUAUAAUUUUAAAUCACGGGAAUGAAAGUAUUCACUAUUUUUAGUCAAAA